AGCUGCCUAUUAAGGAAAGAAGGAAGGAUAUGUUUAUGAGAUCCCAAGAGGAAUCUGGGUAUUCUUGGUACAAGUUAUCACACCAAAUUGGUAUCAGAGAUUCCCUAGCUUCUUGGCAGGGCAUACAAUGGCAGAAAGAAACCCUCGUACAACUCUUGGUGAAGACCGGAGUAUUGAAGCCCUGUGGGCUGAACACGCCAAAAUGUGCAGCAUUCAAAUUGAACAGUAGAAGACUAUUUGAUCAAAUCACGAGGACUGAUGAUGAUGAUGAAAGCUGCAUGUAUGGAUUUUUUUUUUUUCUUUUAUCAACAUUGAGAAGCCUAAAGGUAACAAUAUUACAAUAGAUUUCACUUAUUUAUUUUUGACAUAGAUAUUGUUUCAAAAAUGAAGGUAAUAUAUUACCAUCACUUAGGUGCAUUUUAUCAUAGUUGGUGAUCUAUUUACUUAGUAUAUUAUCUUUCUGAGCUAUUAGUCUUCCCUCGUGCAUCUAAAAGAAUAUUUUGUCAACAUUUACUGUGGCAUAUAAAUUGAUUGCUUUGCAAGUUUAAUAUGUGAA